AUGAUAGCUAUUGAUCAAGUUGAACAAUACUGUGAAUUAAAUGGAUUAGACUGCAGGAAUGUUUUCAGACAAUGCUCUCUCUAUGUGACAGUUGAACCUUGCAUUAUGUGUGCAGCCGCACUUAGAUUUCUGUGCAUACCAAAAGUUGUUUAUGGUUGUGCCAAUGAAAGGUUUGGCGGUUGUGGUUCAAUAUUAAAUGUACAUUCUGAUAUCUAUCAUGAUGUGCCUACUAAAUCCUGCAAUAGUAAUCAACUGCCAGGCAAACCAUUUGAAUUAUUUUCUGGAAUCUAUGCUGAGCAAGCUAUUGAUUUACUACAAAGAUUUUACCUUCAAACAAAUCCUAAUGCUCCCAAUCCAAAGAUUAAAAUGGGUAUUUCGACAGGCACUACUUUGCAGGACUGACUACAGAUGAAAUUUUAAGAAGACACUUCAAGACAGUAUUAUUAACAUAUAAAUCAUACUGUAUAAAUGAAAGAAUUUCUCAAUUCUGAUUGGCCGAGAGUAGUGCCAUUUUUCUGAAAGAAAGUUAUUUUUAAAUGGAAAAUGGGAAAAAAAGGGAAAUGGCAAU